GAUCAGAAAAAUAGUCAUUUCAAAUAAAUGUCGUUUGUAGAGUUUGAACAUCACAGCUAAAAUGUGCGCAGUUCCUUAAUAAAAAAAAAACAAGAAACAUAAAGAAACCGUUCGAUCCCCUCUCUCAGAACAGCUUCCGGAGAUUGUUCAAUGCAACGCAUUUCCUUUACGUCACCAGCUACAAUAUCUGUAAACUUUCAACGAUCCGGUUCCUUGGGACAAGGCUGAUUUGACGCUCAGUUUAGUGAAGAGCAGUUUGGUUGUGUAGUUAACGUGAUGGAAAGCAAGAAAAUUGUUCUCAUUCUGCUUGAGUCAUUCCUGCUAUUUCUUGUGCUAUUGAGUGCGCAAGGUGAAAGUUCAGUUUUGAAACUGGAAGGUUUGAAACUGAAUGACUUGAUCGAAUGGAAAGGACAAAUUUCCCGGAAAAGCGCACCAGGUCAACUUCAGAUAACAGCGAAUACAAACAGACCAGGCACACAGUACACCAUGAUGCGAUUGCAAAUACAAGGGGCACGACACAGAAUGAUGUUUCGAUAUGGCAUCAAGGGAAAGGAAAGAAGUACGCCGCCAAAACUUUGUCCAGAUAAUCUUAUCCACCCGGGUCGGGAUUUUCUGAUUAUUAUUCAUGUAACGACAGGAUAUCUAAACGUUUACUAUGAAGGAAGACUAAAGUUUAUUUUACCGAUUUCCACUCUUACAAGCAUUGAAAAUGCAGUAUCAAUAAGAAUUCACGGUUCGGUGACUACGAAACAACUGAGAGUACUUACCGGCGCAGAUAUUAUAAACGAACUUCAGACACCAAACUGCGGUAGGAUCAUAAGGGGAGGAAAUGUGCCGCAAUUUUGCCGUGGUGGUGAGCAACAACGGAUUGUUGGUGGAACAACCGCGCGCCCGGGAAACUUUCCUUGGCAAAUAUCUAUUCGCAAAGUUAAAGCUUAUUCAAAUGGCUCCCCGCACGUUUGUGGUGGAACACUUAUAGCAGGACAGUGGGUGAUUACUGCUGCUCACUGCUUUACAGGUAGAGUAAAAAGAGAAAGGAAGAAACACUUUGUUCGAGUUGGAGAUUAUUUCAACCGAGAUAACCUUCCUCAUAGUCAGGAUUCUAUGGUUGAAGAGUCACAUGAUAUACCAAUUAGCCAAAUUUAUAUCCACGAGGGUUUUACUCAGUACCCUGCAACAAGAAACGAUAUUGCUUUAAUUAAACUAAGCGAACCGGUGUCGCUAACACGGUUUGUUCAACCUGCUUGCCUUCCUACAUCUCCUGACCAGUUUACAGACGGAAAUACAUGUGGCAUAUCUGGCUGGGGUGCUACCAAUUUUACCCAAUUACGAGACGAAUACCCCUUUUGUUUAAGAGCAGCAACCGUACACACUUGGCCAGAUAAAAAUUGUUCCCGAUCCUAUCCGAGAAGUUUUUCUAAUGAUAGCAUGCUAUGUGCUGGGGAUGAAGGUAUUGACACGUGUCAAGGUGAUAGUGGAGGUCCACUAACGUGUCUCAGUAGAGAUGGUAAUAUUACUCUGUGGGGAAUUACAAGCUACGGGAAAGGAUGUGGGCAUAAAUCGCAGCCAGGUGUCUACACAAAAGUGUCUGAGUUCGUUGUGUGGGUAUACUUCAAGAUGAAAUUACAAGAUGCAAACGGAAUGCCCGACGCAGAAGAACGAGACCAAAGUCCUUUAUUAUAUUGCCAACAAUAGUUUGACGGAAACAACAUCAUAAAUCAACAAUAAAAUUUUGUAAACUUUUGACAUAUUCGUUUUUAUUUAAUGUUUCAUGAGACAUGACAUAACCACGACGUAUUUUUAGCAUUACAUUUGUUGUAAUUAAAUUCGUAGUCAUUUUUAGGUUAAUCAUUUAUUAAUAUUUAGUAUACAUCGAGUUCAUUUUAAUUUGGUAAAGAAAGAAAAACGUCUAGUUUUAAUUCCCUACAUUGCGAAUAUAAACCGAACUGGUGUUUAUUCUUGCGCUCCUAUAUGUACCAUCUACGGAAUAAACCGUAGCUAUUGGACAGAUUAGUUUUGAACAAGAACUUUAAAAGAAUUUGUUCACAAUUGUCAUUUAUUAAUCUCAUUAUUAUUAAUUUAUAAACUUUUCUAUAGAAAUUG